AUGACGGUUCUUGACUGGCACGAGACCCUCGUUGCCUCCCUCCCCUCCACACCCCUCUGGUUAGCCCUCUGGAGCCCUCUCUGGAGGGGCACUUGUGGCAAGCAACUGCUGGUCAAGCUGGGCAGUCCAGCAACACAGAGCAAGGCAGAGGUGAGACAUCGACUCGCUGAGCCAUCGUCUUCAUCUUACACGACUGGUGGAGCCCUGCAAUCUGGUGCAGGAUGGUGGUGUGCCGCCAGCCAUCCGAAUCCGACAAGACCCCAGCUUCCUAAGCGCCGGUUGGCCGGCCGUGUCUGGCCCGUUCUGCAACCCCGGCCUAUCAGAACGGCCCAUGUCCCCUCCAUGUCCCUCCAUCUUCUUCUCAGCUGGACCUAUGAAGCAAAGCACUUGUUCAAAUCUCUUGCCCAAAGUAUUAUGAAGGGUCUGAGUGGCAUACUUGCAGACGCCUAUGCGACAUGGCUUUCGCCCCUCACAAACUGCUGCACUCCAUUUUCUGACUCCGUAGAAGAGAAGCCGCGUCAAAACACCUUUGACAUUUCUGAGAAACUGUCACCACCACACACCGUAACCCGCAACCAGCCCGUGCCCAUGCCGCCGCCUUUUGCUGGGACAACAAUGCAAAGGUCAGCCGGACCUCGUCCGCAGCCGCAGGGGAAGUCGAAAGGAGUGAAGAGAAGUUUCGCGUCGCUCCGGGAGCGGUUCUCUGUGAGAAAGCGAUCUCGCUCAGACUCUUCGUCCUCCUCAUCGCGCCGACUACAAAUAUCGGCCCCCAGCAACUUUCGCCAUCUGCAUUCAGAGUCCUUUCAGUUCCCCCAGUAUUCGAACCUCCAGCACGUCGGCCGGACCCCGCCACCGCGUCCCAUGCCGCGACCUCGCCCUUCUUCCUUUAGGCCGCUGGAGCUCAGCAUAUACGUGCACAAGAGGGAGCUCUCGCCGAUUCUGCCGCACUUUGACAUGCUUACGCCGCCGCCGCGGCCUGCUGCUCAGGUCCAUGUCCGGCCGAAUCCCGACGACGAUGUAUUCGGACCCUCGCAUGAGCCCAACUAUUCCCCCAUGUCGUUCCAUCUGCCCCGGAAGAUGUCGGCGUCGCCAUCCACCCUCGCUACCAUGGCCAGCGAUACGCCCCCGAAAAUUCCGCCAAAGUCGAGGGCCCGGUCUCAGACGUCAUCCAGCGCGAGCGCAGAGAGGAUGAAGGAGCGGAUUGCCGGAGCCAUGCUCGAGGUCGACAAGCUCCAACGCGAAAUCGAGCUAGUCAUGGAGCGUCAGAGCAUCUACGCCAGCAGCCGGCCUUCGACUGCCCAUUCGAUGGCACUGACAGCGCACGACCUGGAACCCAUCCCCACGGUCCCCGCCCUCCCGCCAUCUGCACCCUCUUUCGCCGAGCGCCUCAACCCCGGGGCCGAGCGCCCUCACACGGCACCACCCCGGCCGCCGGUGCACAUUCCCCACCGCGGCAUGGCCUUCGCCGACGCAUCGGCCGCCUUCAUCACCCCACCCCCGAGCCGCGGCAGAGAAAGCAACCGGCCGCCGCCCCCACCCCCACUACCCCUCGUCCUGAGACCCCCCCUCCGCAAGAAGAAAUCAUUCUCCCGGGUAUCCAGCUGGCUUUUCCCCGGCGGAGGCAACGCAGCAGAGCAGCAUAAUAAUCACCACGGACGGAGCAUCAGCCACGAUUCCAUCACUAAUUUUCCCCGCCCCGUCAAGGGCCGCGAGGGCUUCUACCAGUGUGUCCAUGCGCCGCGGGACAGGCGCACGAGCGUGGACACGGCGUCGACUGUGUCGACGUGGGAGGAGUCGGACGACGACACGGGAGGAGGCCAGACUGUCCCGACGACGACGUGGUCGCCAGGCAGCACCCUCGCCACUAGAGCGGAGGAGCAGCAACCACCUCUGGAGCGUGUCACUACGUUUGGGAAGGAAAAAGAUGCCGGUGGUCCUAGAAGGACCGGCUUCGCGGCGGUGUUUUGA